AUGUUCUCCAAAGAUGAUGCUCGCACCAUAGUUGGUAUUAUAGGCAACAUCAUAGCCCUCGUUCUGUUUUUGUCCCCUGUCCCGACAUUCAUUGGAAUAUGGAAGAAAAAAUCAGUGGACGAGUACUCGGCUGUACCGUACCUGGCAACCUUGGUAAACUGCGGGCUUUGGGUGCUAUACGGACUGCCUAUAGUACACCCCCACAGCAUGCUGGUGGUGACCAUCAACGGCACUGGCUUGCUUAUCGAGAUUGUCUACAUCUCCAUUUUCCUCGCCUUCUCCAAGCAGCCGGGGAAGCGCCUGAGGGUGGCCGCUGCUGUGGCGGCCGAGUGUGUGUUCCUUGGAGCGCUGGCCCUUCUCGUCCUCACCCUCACACACUCCACCAGCACCCGCUCUCACAUAAUCGGCACCCUCUCUAUGGUCGCCAACAUCAUCAUGUACGCCUCCCCGUUAUCCAUAAUGAAGCUGGUGAUCACCACAAAAAGCGUUGAGUACAUGCCAUUUUUCCUUUCCCUCUUCUCUUUCCUUAAUGGAAUUAGUUGGACGGCUUAUGCGCUCAUCAGAUUCGAUAUUUUCUUGGUGAUUCACGGCGGAGGUGGACUGCCGGGGCUGGAGCUUUGUUCUCGCGCCGUGAAGAAGAAAGUGUUGCGCACCAUGGAGGAGGACUGCUGUCGUGAAGGUGGGGCUGUCCUAGCAUUGUUGGAGAAGAAGGUGUGUCGUGGAGAAGAAGAGCUGGAACAGGUAGCCUCCGUUGACGCGUUUUGCACGCUCGUGAGUACGACGGUGAAGGGUGUUGAGGCUGCGUCUCUGCCGGCCGUGUACCGACAUGACACGAGCUUGGGGCUAGCUAUCGGUUGA